GUAAAUUACAUGCUUUGAAUACCAGGAUACAUGACAAUCACCGCAGUUUACCGAGAAGCGUGCUCACGCGCGGUGCAGGUCACGCGCAUCAUUCGAGGGAUCAGGGAGGGAUCUAGUAGAUGUGUGAGGAGCCAAAUGUGAAAUACCUCCAAUAAACGCCAUGGCUCAGCAGCUUUUUGGAAGUUCGGGGUCCAUAAUAUUACAUUCAACACCCAAAACCGAUCAACACCAUGCAUCAGCAAAGGUGUCAGAUGAGGGGCAUACCUCAACAGGUGAAACAUCAUCAUUUGUAAACCUGGAUGAGAGUAUCGAACAACAGAGUGAGGACUCCGGUAUCUGUGUUUCAAAAUCCUCAACUAAAAGCUCACCGGACCACAGCUCUGUGGAAGAUGGUAGCAGCAUACUGUCUCCCACAAAUUCAAGAAUAGAGGAUAUUGGAAAGCGAGCACAGGAUCUUAUCGAGAGGAUCAAUGAACGUCGGGCCAUGGACCAACAUGUGAUGAACAGCUUUGAGGAGGAACUCACGAAAAAGGUGAGUGAGAUGUGUCAGCAGGUGAGGGAGCAGAUGUUUGACUAUUAUGAGCAGCAUAGUCAGGGGAUACAGGCCAUCAUCACUGAGCUGUCUGAGGUGCUGGAGAAAAGCAGUCAGCUUAGCAUGGAGCUACAGGAAGCCAGUCAAACUCUGAACGCUAUUAACAAAAACCUGCAGCACGUCACAGAGCGGUAGAUAUUCAGCAUAACACGACAGUGCUCUUUAAACGGCAAUGAUUUAAUGAGUAAACAGUUAAAAUGUUUUCUUUACAUUUAUUCUAAUAUGAUUGAUAUGUUAUUAUACAGUUCAUAGAGACAGAGAGGUUUGUUCACAUGCUUUUAUAGGUUAACAGGUUGAAAACUGAAUUGCAAAAUUGUUCCGAAUUAGAGACAGAAAUAAUUUUAUUAGCGUAAUUUACAUUAAUGUUUGUAUGUAUAAAAUAUAUUUGUUUCCAA